GCGUCCUCAUCAUCGUUUCUGGCAGGUAGUACUAGUGGGCAUGAUGAUUUUGGUGCCGGGAAUGGCUUGGAAAGUAACAUUCGGGCUUUAUCGUCUCAUGAAAGUAAUGACUUUCAACAACUUGCUAAAUGGCUCGAGCAGGUUCUUCCUUUCUCGCUGUUGUUGUUGGUUGUGUUCAUCCGCCAGCAUUUGCAAGGUUUCAUUGUCACAAUUUGGAUUUCAAUUGUGAUGUUCAAGUCAAAUGAAAUGGUUAAGAAGCAGACAGCUCUAAAGGGAGAUAGGAAAGUCUCAUUUCUCGUCAGUAUCUCACUUGUCUUCAUGCUUCAUGUGAUGUGCAUUUACUGGUGGUAUCAAGAUGAUGAUCUUUCAUACUCACCACUCAUCUUGCUUCCUCCAAAAACAACGCCUCAUUUCUGGCAUGCAGUAUUCAUCGUUCUGAUUAAUGACGUACUUGUGCGGCAAGCCGCAAUGUCUUUCAAGUGCUUGCUACUUAUAUAUUUCAAGAAUGAUAGGGGUCAUAGCUUCCGUCUGCAGGCUCAAAUAUUAACGCUGGUUGAGCACGCACUACUGCUGUACCGUGCCUUGUUGCCAGCUCCUGUUUGGUACCGAUUUUUCCUAAACAGGGAAUAUGGAAGUCUCUUUUCAUCGCUGACCACAGGGUUGUACCUAACCUUCAAGUUAACAUCUGUUGUUGAGAAGGUCCAAUGCUUUCUUUCUGCCUUAAAAGCAUUAUCAGGAAAGGAUAUUCUCUAUGGUGUUCAUGCUACAAACGAACAGGUAACUGCCGCAGGCGACCUUUGUGCUAUAUGCCAGGAGAAGAUGCGUGGUCCUAUCCUGUUACGCUGCAAACACAUUUUCUGUGAGGAGUGUGUGUCAGAAUGGUUUGACAGAGAAAGAACUUGCCCGCUAUGUAGGGCAUUGGUGAAGGCUGGCGAUAUUCGGUCUUUCGGGGAUGGAUCGACAAGUCUGUUUUUCCAGCUAUGUCCUUACAUGUUUGAUGAACUCAACUUGAUUUGGAAAUGGAAUGGCACAAGAAUAGAGAAAGAAAAUCAAAUCACAGAUCUCAUCGUUGCUAGACCGAAGGUGGGUCGUCGCUCAAUGAAGAAGGUCACUGUCACCAUUGUUGUCUCUACAGAGGAGGCCAUUGUUCCAGUCAUUUACUGGCUCAUCAGAGAAGAUGGUGGAGACACUUGGAAUCCCUUUCUGGGUUUUGCGCCUCCAAUUCUUCAAUUUUUGCUAUACACUAGUCUUGAACAAUUCUUUAAGGUGCUGGGGGAGUCGGAUCUUAUUGUUGCUCUUGAAAAAGCUUUUGCACUCAUAAGUGCUUCUUCGCCGCAGAAAGGUCAAAGGCGAUCAGUAAAGAAAUUGACUUGGGAGCCUCAAAUUUCUAUAGUUCUAGUCAUCCAUACUCACCAAAUGCAGCAAGGGCUCACAGCUACUCCCUUGUCUCAUUCAAGCUCAUCUGUUUCAACACCUCGUGGAAUAGGUCCAACUUCAUGGAUAGGCGACUUUGAAUUCCACAGUGCUGGGUCGUCUGCUGAUUUUCCCCAACAAAAUGCAGAUAGUAAUUCAAAAGAUGAAACAGAGUUGCUCUCUGUGUCUUGGAAUCAGGACUUUGGUUGCUUUUCUGCUGGCACUAGCCAUGGCUUUCGAAUUUACAAUUGUGUGCCUUUCAAGGAGACUUUUAGACGUGACUUGAGAGGUGGUUUUAAAAUUGUAGAGAUGCUUUUCCGGUGCAACAUUCUAGCACUUGUUGGCGCUGUAACUAAUCCAUUUUACCCUCCCAAUAAAGUUAUGAUUUGGGAUGAUCAUCAGAGCAGGUGCAUCGGUGAAUUUACAUUUAGGUCUGAGGUUCGUGCAGUGAGAUUAAGACGCGAUCGAAUUGUAGUAGUUCUUGAGCACAAGGUUUAUGUUUAUAACUUCAUGGAUUUGAAGCUUCUUCAACAGAUUGAGACUCUGGCUAAUCCUAAGGGAUUGUGCUGUCUUUCUUAUCAUCCAAAUACAUUUGUUUUGGCUUGUCCAGGUGUUCACAGAGGACAAGUCCGGGUUGAACACUUUGGUCUGAACAUGACAAAAUUAAUUGAUGCUCAUGAUUCUCAAAUUGCAUGCUUAACUUUGACAAUGGAUGGGCUCCUUCUUGCAACUGCUAGUGCAAAGGGCACUCUAAUUAGAAUCUUCAACACAAUGGAUGGCACUCGGUUACAGGAAGUGAGAAGGGGGGUUGAUAGAGCUGAAAUCUAUAGUAUUGCUUUAUCGCCAAAUGUCCAGUGGUUGGCAGCAUCAAGUGAGAAAGGUACCAUUCAUAUGUUCAGCCUGAGAGUCAGAGUUGUUGGGAUGGAUACAUUGCCUGCCCCAACUACACCCCAAAGCCCUGCACUGCUUCAUCAGAAUUCUUCGACCUCUUUAGAUGCAUUGCUUUCUCCAAAUACUGGUUCUAACCCCAGUUCAUCAUUGUCUUUCAUGAGAGGGGUUUUGCCAAAAUAUUUUAGCUCAGAAUGGUCAUUUGCACGGUUCCGCCUGCCAGAGAACACGCAAUUUAUUUUGGCUUUUGGACCUCGGAACAGUGUCAUAAUAGUUGGCUUGGAUGGGAGUUUUUACAGGUGCAGCUUUGAUCCAGUCCAUGGCGGAGAGAUGUUGCAGCAGGAAUAUGUUCGGUUUUUGAAGUCUGAAAGUAGGCCAACGUGAACUAUUAAUUGUUCAACAUUUCAAUCAUCACUUCAUAAGUCACAAAAAUUAGAAGAACAAAGUUAUUAGGUACAAUUAGGGGUACUGGUUAAGUUCCAAUCUGCAAAUACGUCAGCUUGUUGAAAUCAAAUCCUAAUCCUAACUAUCAUGAUUUCACCUACAAACACUAUAUUGUACCUUAGAAUAAGGUUUUCUUAUGAGUCGUCUGGCAGCCGCAACUUAUUAUUUUCGUGUAAAUAUGAAGUGUACAUCUUAUGCAAGAGAACAAGUCUUUGUAAAUAUGAUGGCUUCCCACAUUGAAUGAUCUUGAGGAUUUUUCUUCU